AUGGCCAACGGCACAGUCUUUAUGCCAUCCAUACUGACACUGAUUGGGAUCCCCGGCCUGGAGUCUGUGCAGUGCUGGAUUGGGAUUCCAUUCUGUGCUAUAUAUGUCAUUGCCCUUAUUGGAAAUUAUAUGCUCCUGGUGAUUAUUCAAUCUGAGCGUAGUCUCCACAAGCCCAUGUACCUCUUUCUAGCCAUGUUGGGAAUCACAGACAUUGCCCUUAGCACUUGCAUCCUUCCCAAGAUGUUGGGUGUCUUUUGGUUUCAUUUGCAGGAGAUUCAGUUUGAUGUAUGUUUGCUCCAGAUGUGGCUUAUCCACACAUUCCAGUGCAUAGAAUCUGGCAUCCUCUUGGCCAUGGCUGUGGACCGCUAUGUAGCUAUCUGUGACCCCCUGAGACACUCCACCAUUUUUACCUCACAACUCCUCACUCAGAUAGGGGUUGGGGUCACUCUGAGGGCAGGUAUCCUCAUGGCCCCAUGCCUUUUGCUUAUCAAAUGUCGACUAAAAUAUUACCGAACCACAGUUAUCUCCCACUCCUACUGUGAGCACAUGGCCAUUGUGAAGCUGGCUGCUGAGGAUGUCCAAGUUAACAAGGCUUAUGGACUGUUUGUGGCCUUCUCUAUCCUGGGAUUUGAUGUCAUCUUUAUCCUCUUGUCCUAUGUUCGGAUCUUUAUUGCUGUUUUCCAUCUGCCCCAGAAGGAGGCUCGACUAAAGGCCUUCAACACCUGUAUUGCCCAUAUUUUUGUCUUUUUGGAGUUCUACAUUCUUGCCUUCUUCUCCUUUUUCACUCACAGGUUUGGAUUCCAUAUCCCCCCCUAUGUCCACAUCCUUCUCUCUAACCUCUAUCUACUAGUUCCACCUCUUCUUAACCCCAUUGUUUAUGGAGUAAAGACCAAGGAGAUCAGGGAUCAGGUGGUCAAAUCCAUCAGUUUCAAGAACCUGGCCUGA